GGUGGAGGCUUUUAGUGUGACUGGGAGAAAACUAUUGGAUGCCCUGUGUUUCUGUGCCAAACCAGUAUUGUACAUGGAGGGCUACCUUUUUGGGGAAGGAGACAAGGUUGAUCGGAUGCUAUUUAUUGUGCAAGGUAAACUACAAAUCUUCAACAUUAGAAACAGUGACAGCAAAGUUCACUUAAAAGGUGGUGACUUUUGUGGAGAGGAACUUGUACAAUGGGUUCAGGAUCCCAAGUCAUUACACCUUCCUGAAUCCACCAAAACCAUUCAAGCCAUUUCCAAGGUAGAAGCCUUUUCUCUAGAGUCUAGUGACUUGAAACGCAAUUGGGAGGCUGUACACAAACAAGCGGUUGCUCAUGUUAUAUCAUCCUUGCAAAAGAGGUUACAGGAAAGGAAGCAUUCACUAGCCUUGAGGGAAGCGAAGUCAACUAUUCCUUAGGAAAUUUAUGUUGAAUUUUAGGUGGCCAUUUGGAUGUACUUGUCUCUGCAUAUAAUGAACUACAUGAAAGCUAUAGUUGGUGUUGUCAUUCAUAACAUAGAAUAAGCCUUUUGAGAGAACAUUUCGGGUAGGAAGUUCAUGGCAUCAGACCAUUUGUUUUGGACAUCAUUUGAACCUCAUCAUUUCUCUUUCUAAGUAUUGAAAAUUUGUGGUCUUACUCAAUGAGGCUGUUUUGCAACAUCACUUGCAACCAAAUAGAAGAGUAAGAAAAUGUAAAGUUUGUU